AUGGAUCUGCCAGAUAAGGAUCUGGAUCCGGACACCUUAAAAUUAUCCGGAUACCCGAUCCGUCUCAGGCAUAGCUAUCAAGGUGAUGGUGGAUACCGAAGUCGAGGAGGUGGUGGUUACGGAGAAAAUGGUGGUCAUGGAGAAUGCAGUGGUGGUAGACGUGAAGGUGGAUACCGUUGUAGAAGUGGUUGCGGUGGUGGUGGUGGUGGUGGUGGAUACGCAAUGACAACGAAGGUAGUGGUUAAAAUGGUGGUUAUAGAAGGUGGUGGUGGAAAAUGUAAAGGUGGAUACUGCAGUGGAGGUGGUGGUGGAUACCUUAACGGAAGAGAUGGAGGUGUUCUAAUACACGGUGGUUCCAGAAAGAAGCUUCAUCAACCGCUGAGCAAGAAGCCUGAGAAGAUGGAUCAGGAUGAGUGGGAGCUCCCUGACAGACAAGUUCUGGGGAUUAUAAGGUUAACACUGUCAAAAAACGUUGCUCACAACGUUGCGAAGGAGAAGACCACAGAAUGA